AAAUCCGAAGCGAGAAAGAGAGAGAAAGCGAAGGAAGGAGAGAGGGGGAGCUGCAAGCCAAGGGGAGCCCCACAGAUUUAGCCCUGGACCACCGAGACCCUGCGGGACGAGUGCUGCCGGGUUCUGGAUCUGACUCUGCUCCGCUUAAAGAACUUUGCCAGUGAGUGAGAACAAUGCCGGGUGGUCUGGAGAAGGCGUGUCAUCGGUGCAUUUCUAAAAUCGCCAGCAAUGCCUGCUCCGUCUUUGUGCUCUCGGCUCUCCUGGUCCUGCCGCUGUCCAUGGCGUUCACAGGAAUGAAGUUUUUGGAGGACUGCCCCAUACAGCCUCUCAUUCCUUUAUAUUUGCUAGUGGGUGGGAUCGUCGGUGCCUUGAAGGUGUCUCUCCUGCUGUAUGACUCCACCAGGAUGCGGCGGCUUCUGUCCAAGGCUGUGGUGAUCGACGAUGACGAUGAUGAUGAAUAUCCCUGGAGGCAGAAUGCGCACAAAUACUACGUCCACCUCAUCCUCAGCCUCUUCCUCUUCCUCUGGUUUAUUCUGGGGAAUUACUGGGUCUUCUCCGUGUACCUGCCUGACUUUAUCCCGCCUUUCCAGCAGCCCCAGGCAUACUGUGACAAAACCCUAUACCUCUUUGCCCUCGGGGUCCUGGUGCUCAGUCACACCGUGCUGGUCUUGCUGGUCCUGUGCAGCAGUUGUGUCUAUGUGUGUUCCAGGUGGAGAUUUGCUGGCGAUGAAGCCUGACAACCACUCCUUCUGGCGUCUGCACACGUGGGUGCACAUAGACACACAUGCACAAUUGGGGGAGGAAAGCAUGCUAGCGAGUCCACAGAACCUUCCAUCCAGGCAUUUCAGAAACCAGCAAAAAUGCACCGAGGAGUCCAGCAGACUUGAGAAAGCCUUCCCUGCCUGGACAGGGGGAAAGCACUUGGGCUCCUCUCUGGGUAUGAAUUUAUACUCAUGAGUUUUUCAAAGGAUUUUUCUUUUAAGAGGAUGAGAUGAGGGGAGCAAAGAGGGGAGAGCUUUUCCAACUACGGGGCAAUUCCAAGCACUGUGGCAGAGGUUGCUCUUGUUACUGUUGCUACUGCUGAGCUCACUCAGCUAUCAGCACCAUGAAGUGAUGGGUAGAGAUGCUCAUUAGUAACUCCAACUGCCUUUUGAGAGAGUUAAGGAGCAGUCAGGAUAUCUCCAACCCCAAAUCAGAAGGGUUUGAUCUGAUGGGUUUUAAAAUCUGCCACGUUCAAGGAAUAGAUUCCACAGAGAGGCUCUGGCUGGCCUGCCGGGGGCCUUGCAGUGAGCAGCGUUCCUCUCAUCUUGGUUUCUGUGUGCUGCUGCUGUGCAUUCUGUGCGUGGCAUGGACUCCUUUUCUGUACCUGGUAAUCUGUGUGCUUGUGCAUGGUUUCAUGUCAUAAACCAGCCUUGCAGCCGAGUGCGGUGAAGCAUGCCAGUAAUCCCAGCAUCUCCAGAGGCUGAGGCAGGAGGAUUGCAGUUCAAAGCCGCCUCAGCAUCUUAUCGAGGCCCGAAGAGACUCAGUGAGACCCUGUCUCUAAAUUAAGUACAAAAAGGGUCUGGGAUGUGGCUCAGUGGUUGAGUUUCCCUGGGUUUGAUCCCCAGUACCAAAACAAACAAACAAAAAACAGUCUUGUAUAUUUCUGGCCAGGUUGCAUGAAUUAAGGUGCCACUAGUGCAGGUGCUUUGGGUUUCUGUGCUUAAAUAUUACCCAGCAGCUCUUCUGUUUAAUGACUUAGUUAGCUUGGGAAGCUUUUCCUAAGUCAACCAUCUGGAAGUCUAGGAUGAUACCAAAUAGCAACCACUAGCAUUCCAUCUUGCUGCUGUCCUGUGACAUGAAGUUCAUGGGAGCCUGGGUACAAGGUUAGCAAGUGGGUAGUUUCUCUUGUAGAAGUGGCUCUUUCGAAUUUUCUUCUUUCUUCCUUUUGGAGUACUAGGGAUGAACUCAGGGGUGCUUUACCGUUGAGCUUUUUAUUUUUUUACUUUGAGACAGGAUCUUGAAAAAUUACCCAAGCUGACCUUGAACUUGUGAUCCUCCUGUCUCUGCCUCCUGAGUCUCUGGAUUAUAGACCUGUACCACAGCACUUGGCUUACUUGAGAAUUUUUGAUGAAGACACUGUCGUGGGUGUUUCUAGGGAAGCACCCAGGGAGAGCACAGCACCUGCUUAAUUGUGCUUGUAUCUCAGCUUAUUACCUCUCCAUGGUGCCAAGCUGCUUUCUUUUCUUUUCUUUCCUUCUUUUUUUGGGUGUGUGUGUGGAGAGUUUAAAAUCAGAUUAAGCCCCAGUGGCCAUCAGUGCGAGGCACCAGCCUGUCUCAGAAGUGUCAGCUCAAACCAAGAGGCUCACUCUUCCCCAUGGCUUUAAGGGAAAAGAAACCGGGAGUUCCCAUUUGAGUUUGGAAGGACUCUCUAAGGAGCUGUCACCUGGAGUCACCUUUGAUCCACAUUUCUCCCAGGGGAGAAUGUGCCUGAUGCGCCCUCUGCUGGGUAAAAGGAGAACAGCCCUUAUUCUGCCCCAUUCCUUUACAUUAAGGGCGGAGACAGACU